AUGGUGCUUCCGCCACUUGAGCAUAUCACGUCGAGUCCCAGCUACAAGCGGUCUAACUCAUUCCCAUUGUACAAUAGCCCCGUCACUCCCGUGGCGAACCGUGUGCUACCACCCCCACCUCCAAUGUUUUCGCAGACACCCGCGCUACGCGCACAGCCUCCAAGACAAUUCGCCGUUACUCCACACAAGCCAGAAAGACAAAUGGCAAAAUCGCCGCCAAGUGAGGGCAAGAGCUUUGCCUUCAUUUCGCAUUCGGUCUCCACGUUUCUGUCCUCCGAGCCGGACAUCGACAAUGCCCGUCUCGCCAGACGCAAAAGAAGAAGAACGUCCCCCGCCGAACUGGCCAUUUUACAGGCAGAGUUCGAAAAAGGAAAUACCCCCAACAAGAUGAGAAGAAUUGAGAUUGCGCGCAAGGUUGACAUGACCGAGAAAGCAGUGCAGAUCUGGUUCCAGAACAAAAGACAGUCGCUACGCAAAAAUAAUCAGAGCAUUAAGGAGGUGGUGCUGGACAUCCCCAAGAGACAGGACCUGGACCAGCAGCUCAUGUCGGCAGAGGACCUGUCCACCGUCGACACUAGCGUGGAGGACGACUCUGCAACCUCUGUGGAGUCGUCGCCGGCCUCGUCUCCAAGGAACGAAAACCUGCCACCAAAAGGCAUUUUCCUGACGCCAAUGAAGACACCGGUGCGCAAGAACGUGCCGCAAAGCACGCCGAGCUCUGCCACCAUGACGUUCAAGUUCAAAGCCAGCGAUCUGGGGCUGGCAACGCCAAUGACCCAGACACUGCAUAAAAGACAGAAGCCAGUUAUGAGGAUGAACGUCAACAAGAAGCUGGGAAAUGUGUUGAAGGACAGCACGAACACUGCACACGCAAAGCAGAGCGGCAAGACAGACAUUGAAUGUGUGGAAAACCUGCUGAGUUUGAAAAGUCAAACUCCGGUGUAG